CCGCACAUCUGCUAAGAUUAUUUUUAGCAUACUAUAUUUUAUUAUGUCUUUCUAAAGUCCCAGUUUUACAUGUAACUUAUUCACUGAUGUCAAUACUCAUACUAGGCAAAGGACAUUCCUAUUUCCAGUAUUAUGGAUUCUGGAAUAAUGUUACAAGUGUACAAUAAAAUUUUCUUCAAAUAAAAUUUAAAACAGCCGGAAAGAAUAUUGAUAAAGUCAAGAAAAGCGGCUUUGAUUAUGUGUUAAACUACCGUUUUAUAUUCUAUUUGCUACGAUUUCCAUAAUAAACAACAUAAACAUGGCUCGGCACCACGUAAAUGCUAACUACAUUUGCAGCGUGUACAUAGCCGACGGGUUCGCUGACGACUGCGACGAACUGAUACACAGGUGUUCCCAAGUAAACACACUAAGUUAUGAAAAGUUUUGCGAUGUUUGGCAGGAGAUGGAUUUCGCCUGUGUUUUUCACGGCAGACCACUAUGUUCAGAGAUUGCGGAGCUAUCAGAAGAGGUGCUGCAGAUAGCUAAACACUACAUGGUAGCUAAUACAGACAAUUAUGAGGAGUCUGUAGCCGGCCUAUUCCUCAUCUACGGACUCAUAAAUCUGCAGCCAAUUUCAAAGUUUGCUUAUCUCCGUCUAGUCCCUGAAGAUGUGGUGGCUAUACAGAGAAUACAGACUGUGGCGAGGCGGAACAGACGUCUUGAUGUGUUGUAUAUACUGGGCUCUGUUCUGAUCACUAGCUCUCAUUACCAUGCGGUGCAGAGAGAGAGAGGCAUAGAGUACCCUAUUAGGAAAUAUCUGGAAGGAUAUUCAUCAAUGGACAAGCAAGGUAUUCGCCCAAAAGGUGUAUUCUACAGACAGAACGAAGAGCUGGACAUUAUCAGGGACUUGAAUAGACUUAGCAUUUUUUACAAGAGAGCUAAAGAUAACAUAGUCGGUCCAGGCAAGUCGGAGCGCAAUUUGAACUAUUUUAACCACAACCUACCCACAGAGUUGGACACAUCACUGAAGAAUGUCAUCAAUGGGAUUAUUGACAAAAAAAAGAACAGCCCUCGGGGUACUGCGAAUUCUGAAGGUGAAUCGUCCUCGGCUCAAGCUAUCAAGGAAAAAGCCAUGCGGAUGCCGGUCAAGGGGAUAGCGCAUCUAACAGCAGCUAAUGACGUUACACCUCAAAGUAGUAGGAAACGAAAGAAUACUUUAAGAAAACGAAAAGGGAACGCAAAAGUGCGGGCGCGGAAAAAAAAGCGACGCAACGACAUCGAUUUAGACAGUACAGAUAGUGACGAAGUACUUUUAAGUGAUUCAGAUGAGAGUGAACCUGAAACAGCAGUCAACGAAAACGUCUGCGAAAUAGAAUUUAUAGAUCAAUAUGCUGGAAAGGACAAUGAUGCAAUUCCAAUGCUAGGUAACGAUAAAGGAUUGCCAAUAUUGAUUGCAACUGGUGAUACAAACACUGAAGAUGUAGUCGAUAAUGAAGAAAAAACUGAAGUGGCAAGUAAAGAUGGUAAUAGCCAUGAAGCUAAUACAUCUCCAGAGUCCUCAGGGACGCCGAACCUCGUCAGUGAUGAGGACAAAGUGAUGUCGGAAGUAUUCAAAAAACCCUCUCAACAAAUAGGGAAGAAGGACAAACGUGAUUUGAAAAGGCCCUUUAUCAAAACCAAGUUUCAAAGGAUGGGAAUGUUGUCUCUGGCCAAUUUUGUAGAGAAUAAGAAUAAAAAGAAGUAGGUUGUAAUUUCAGGUUUGUGUCUGAUCUGAUGUUUCGACGUUGGUAUUUUUACAUACUGUAUGGUGUUUUAAGGAUCACCUUAUGCUUAGGACAAUAAGGUUCUUAUUCCCAUUAUCACAAUUUAACGGGCAAGGUCAGAGGGCCCUAUUCCGUCUAUACGGGCGAAUCCGUCUUGCGAUUGCGGGCGUUCGAAGGACAGCUCGAGAGUCAAGAAAUCCCCUAUUUACCUAUGCUGCCUUGCUAAGCGCAAAAGCGGUAUCUAAAACAAAUAAAAAUCUUAAUUUUUAUGGCGUCGGAUAGCUUAAAGAAAUGCCCAACCAAUGAACUUACCCACAUAACGGUAUCUUGUUUAGAACUUGUUAAAAAAACUUUCGAACUAUCUCAGUUCUACAUACAAAAAUAUAAAACUAUAUUUACAAGACUUCGAUUAUCUCGAAAUAAGGUUUCCCUGAUAUAUCGCUUUUGCGCUUAGCACGGCAGAAUACAGCUAUCAAAGCUGUCCUUCGAUUAGAACGCUCGUAAUUAGAAAAAUACGAAUAUGCCCCGUAGACGGAAUAAGGCCCUCUGACCAUAAAAAUCCUGCGAUCUUUAAAAUCCAAUUCUCAGAAUAUGUCGAAUGUCGUAAUAAUCUCAAUUACACUCCUGCAAUUUGUUUAAAUAAAUGCUAUUAGACUUGGUGUUUUCUAAAGCGUCGCGGCUGGUGUAGGUAACUUUGCAUAUAUUUGCAUAAUUACAUCGGUCUAUUAAGGCGUAAAGCGUUAAUUAAGAGGUUGAUGAUAAACAAGCAUCAAUAUUAAGAUAAAUCUGUGAUAUGUCAGAAAACCAAAUUGCAAAAGUUUAAAAAGUAAAGUUUUCAAUGUGA